GCAAACCCAGGUUCUGAGCAUUUGUAGCACAAUUGCUGCGAUUUGGAAGUAGACUGGACUCAGAAUCCUCCCAGGGCCUUGAAAGUUUAUCUCCGACCUGAGACAAUCCAAGAAAGUAGGAGACAUAUUGGAAGGAAGGAAGGAAGACCUAAAGAUACAACUGAAAGUGGACAUUGCUUCUUUUGGGUUCUUGGAUUCAUUCCGGACAUUUACCCAGGAUGAAACUUCAGACACUUUGGGUUUUCUUUUGAAGACUACCAUAACGAAGGGACAUUUUAAAUAGAACAUUUGGAUGGGAUCAAAAAUGAAUCUCAUCGAACACUCCCACUUACCUGUCAUGGAUGAAUUUUCUCUUUCUGACAAUUUAUUUGGUGUGCUAACAGAACAAGCAACAGGUCCUUUGGGACAGAAUCUAGAAGUGGAACCAUACUCACAAUACAAUGUUCCAUUUCCCCAAGUUCAACCACAGAUUUCCUCAUCGUCCUAUUAUUCCAACCUGGGUUUCUACCCCCAGCAGCCUGAAGAGUGGUAUUCUCCUGGAAUAUAUGAACUCAGGCGAAUGCCGGCUGAGACUCUCUACCAGGGAGAGAUUGAGGUAGCAGAGAUUCCUGUAACAAAAAGAGCCCGAAUGGGUGCAUCAACAGGGAGAAUAAAAGGGGAUGAAUUAUGUGUUGUUUGUGGAGACAGAGCAUCUGGAUACCAUUAUAAUGCACUGACCUGUGAAGGGUGCAAAGGUUUCUUCAGGAGAAGCAUUACCAAAAAUGCUGUGUACAAGUGUAAAAAUGGGGGCAACUGUGUGAUGGACAUGUAUAUGCGAAGAAAGUGCCAAGAAUGUCGCCUAAGGAAAUGCAAAGAGAUGGGAAUGUUGGCUGAAUGUAUGUAUACAGGCUUAUUAACUGAAAUUCAGUGUAAAUCUAAACGACUAAGAAAAAACGUGAAGCAGCAUGCAGAUCAGACCAUUAAUGAAGACAGCGAAGGUCGAGAUUUGCGACAAGUGACCUCUACCACCAAGUCAUUCAGGGAGAAAACUGAACUCACCCCAGAUCAACAGCAACUUCUUCAUUAUAUUAUGGAUUCAUAUAGCAAACAGAGGAUGCCUCAGGAAAUAACAAAUAAAAUUUUAAAAGAAGAAUUCAGUGCAGAAGAAAAUUUUCUCAUUUUAACUGAAAUGGCUACCAGUCAUGUACAGAUUCUCGUAGAAUUCACAAAAAAACUGCCAGGAUUUCAGACUUUGGACCAUGAAGAUCAGAUUGCUUUGCUGAAAGGGUCUGCGGUUGAAGCUAUGUUCCUCCGUUCAGCUGAGAUUAUCAAUAAGAAACUUCCAGCUGGACAUGCUGACCUAUUGGAAGAAAGAAUUCGGAGGAGUGGUAUCUCUGAUGAGUAUAUUACACCUAUGUUUAGUUUUUAUAAAAGUGUUGCAGAAUUGAAAAUGACUCAAGAAGAGUAUGCUCUGCUUACAGCAAUUGUUAUCCUCUCUCCAGACAGACAAUACAUCAAGGACAGAGAGGCAGUAGAGAAGCUUCAGGAACCACUGCUUGAUGUGCUACAAAAGUUGUGCAAGAUUUAUCAGCCUGAAAAUCCUCAACACUUUGCCUGCCUCCUGGGUCGCCUGACUGAGUUGCGGACAUUCAAUCAUCACCAUGCAGAGAUGCUGAUGUCUUGGAGAGUAAAUGACCACAAAUUUACCCCACUUCUCUGUGAAAUCUGGGAUGUGCAGUGAUAAGCACUGCAGGGGCAACAGCAUCUACUGCUUUAUUUUCCUUAUAAUAUAAAUCUGAUGUAUAACUUUCUUUAAUUUCAUUUGUACCUGGUUUCACACAAGAACUUUGAUGAAUAUUUAUGCGGUAAUUAUGUAACUUCUACAGUUGUAAAUAUGAAGCUAGGUAGGAUUACUUUCUUUACAUUCUAUUUUAUAAGGCUUCAGGGAUUCUUUCAUUCUAAGUGGCAUGCCCUGUUUGCCUAAUUAAAUUGAUCAGUCUUCACUUCUCUGUUGAAAUAGGGAAAAUUUCAUUUUGCUCUUUAUCUUACUUACUGCAUAUAUUUUAUAAGAGUGUUGUGUUCAAUUUUGGCAAUAAACUGAACAUAAUGGCAACAGGCUUUUCUUCCAGAACAAAAUUUAAAAAAUACACAAACUCAUUUCUUUAAAUGGCGAAUGACAUCCUACUGGGCCUAAGGGUGGGGUGAUGGAUAAGUUCUCACAACACAAAUGGUGUUUUUCUCAUCCUUGGAGAAGCCCUGGUGAAUAUUCAUUUAUUUGUAAUAGCCCUCAGAUUAUUUCAUUUUCUUUGAAGUUCAAAGAGAUAGCAUACAGAAAAGUUAAUGAUUCGCACAUGAAGUAUUCCCUCAAGCAAACCCUUUCCACAGUUAGGGUCUUGAAGCAGCAUUUACAAAUUCAGAGUAUGCAGAUAACUCCAGUGAUGGGAUAUUCCCUUUUCCCUCUUAAAAGCACUCACUAUUGGCUUCAGUGCAUAUAAUCAAUCUUUUUUGUUUUGUUUGUUUUGCUUUUGGAAAACACUCCUACAGCUGGGUGCACAGCUGUUGUAUACUUCCCCCAAAGCAGGAAUUCCUUCAUUUCCUUCAUUCAUUGUUACACUGUUGCAUUCUUCUCCCUAUUAUCCUCUGGUGAACACAAUAA